AUGAUAAUAAUUUGGAUGUUUCCUUUAACUGCUAAAACUAAAUUUACUGAUGAAAUAAUACCAAUUAUCAAUGACUUAAUAACAUUAUUGGACCAAAAACUUGAUCAAUAUUUUUCAUCGCUUGAUUUGAAAUUGUUUGAUUGGGUGAGGAAUCCAUUUAAUCCAAGUUUAGAAACUACACAUCUUUCAUCAAAAGAGGAAGAAGAAUCUGCAAAAUUAAAAUCGAUCGCACUCUAUCAAAUGAAGUUUAAUGAGUUCGAGCUAGGCGAAUUUUGGAUUUACACAAAAAAAUAUCAGAGUUUAACAAAUUUGACUCUUUCCGUAUUAUUACCAUUUUCAACGCCAUCUACGAGCAAGGUAGCUAUUUUUGCAUUGAACGAAAUUAAAAACAAAAAAAGGAAAAGAUUAAUUAUUGUCGAAGAGGAGUUAAGAGUCACCUUGUCAAAGAUUUCACCACGUAUUGAUGUAAAAAAUUAUGUAAGAAAUAUCAAUCACAAAUUUCUCAUUAAAUGUUUUAUGUUAUAUUUUUCUUUGUUAUUUUUAAGUUUACAUUAUCAAUUAAUUAUAAAUAUUUAAUAUUACCCAUUAUUUUUAUUUUUAUUAUUUUGUGUCACAAAGUAUGAAAUAUUUUAAUAGUGUGUCGCUAUAAUACAAAGGUUGAGAAACUCCAGAAUAAAUACUAAAGUUUAAAUUUAAAGUGUUGCAUAUAUAUCCCGCUACAAACAUACUAAGAUACGAAAUCAUAAGUUUUUUACUAAAUAAUAUAUUACUAAAAACUUAUGAUUUUGUAAAUAAAUUUUAAUAUUCCAUACUAAGAUUUAAGAUUAAAAAGCAUCAAGUCGCGUUUUACAUUUUGAUUGUGAUACACCCGAUGAUGAAUUUUUAAUCCGAAACCGUCUAAUACAGUUACCGUAUUAUACAGCGUAUAAUACACUUAUCAUAAUAGUCCAGGCGACGCAUUCAUUGCGCGUUCAAACAUACAUGUUUUAUUUAUAUGUUUAUUUACUAUAUGUAUAAAUAUAAAUGUAAACCAUUACCUAAUAUAGCGGCGAUUUUCUGUUAUUGUCUUACACAAGUGCAACAAAGGAAUUGAAAUGUGUUUUAUACAAACAUAACAAUUACUCUAUUGAAGCGAUAAGAAUUCUGAGAACCGAUUUGUAUUUGUCGUCAAGUCUACUUGAAAACCACACUUAUCGCGAAACUGAAAGCGACGCUACUAAAUACUAUAUGAAUUAAGUGAACUAUAAUAAUCAUAAAUUCAGAACACGAGAACAAUAGUGCGCAGUUGAACCCACAUUAAUAAUGGCUAACAAAAAAUAAUAUGAUAUCCAAAGAUACUGCACAAAAAGGACGCUCGACAAAACGAUAACAGCAACUACAGCCAAUGGGUACCACGAUCAAGGCGGGCCAUCUACACCACGGUUACAUACUCAUUACUCAGAUAGCGGUUAGUGGUUAUAAGUUAUAUAAUUCAAACAUUGAUCCAUUGACCGUAAUAUUAUAUUAUAUUUAAUGAUAAUUAAAUAUAAUAAAAAUUUAAUACAAUUCUUAUAUUAUCUAUGAUUACCUAUAUUAUAUUAACAGAUAAUAAUUAUAAAUAUUAUCAACAUUUUCUAAAACACAAUUUCUUAUCAAAUUGUUAAUUUUUUUUUUUUUUUUUUUGGUUGCGCACUGAACAAUGGACUGCCAUUUGUCUGUUCCUAGAGGGCCAAAAAUUAUAAUACGGAAUAGGUAUGCAAAUGUAUGCCUUACGCCCCUGCUUUCAGUCCUGAUGCCCCCACAAACACAUUCUUAUAAGUGUUAUUUAUUACCAUUUAAAAUUGGUUUCUGUUAUUAAAAGUGCAUAUAAAGAUUAUGCAGUUUACAAAAACAUAAAAUUAACAACGUAACUAAUAUCACGUUUACAUUUUAUUAUAAAACACUUUUGAGAAAUGUUGAUAUGUCAUUUUUGAUUGUUUCUGUUUAUUAUACAAUAAAUAUAUAAUUUAAAGUUGAAAAUAUGGUUUUAAAAAUCUGAUAUUUUUUCCCUACAUGAUAACAAGAGUAAUCAACAAAUAUGAAUCUGAUAUUUUUUCCAAAAAUCAAUACUAAUAUUAUUGUGACUCGUUAAACGCCCGAUGUCCUCUACUGGGGACACACUAAUAACUUAGUAAAAGACUUGGUAAAACAAAAACAUUAUUUUGGUCUUAUGAAGCUACCCAUUAUUAAAUAUUGAUAAACGAAAAAAAUUAAUUCCAGGUCUGAAAGGGUUAAUUAGGUUAAUAGGUAUAUGGUACAAAGAAUAUUUUAUGAAGUCUACUUACGAUAUCAUUAGCUAAAAAUGUGCAUUUACUUACCUAUGUUUCUGUUUCCAACAAUCCGUGCAUUAUCCCCACAAAUAUAAAUAAUAAACUGCGUACGUUUCACGAAACUAGACUACGCAGUGACGCUUCCGGUGGCAGAUUUUCGUAAGGGUUUCCUAAACGUGACUAAAAAAGCACGGUAAUUUAAAAACGACACGGCAAUCAACCAUUGAACAGCUGGCCCUGUUGAUAUGGAUUUUACCUUCCACUGCCAAACAUUUUAUAACCUCCGUAUCGGUACCAUAGAUACUCCAUGAUAAACACACAGUCAUAUUUUUUAAAAACCGUGCAGUAUUUCAAAUUGCCGCGUAUUGUGUGCAAGUUUGAGAAACCGCGGAACAUCGAAAUUUCACUACCGGAAGUGCCACUGCGGAGUCGCUAGUUUCGUGAAAUGUACUGUAGAUUGCUUAUGGAUGUAUACCUGUAUGAGAUUAUUGAUUAUUACUGUAUUAGUAUAUUAUAACUUGGAUUACUACAGAAAAUAGUGUAACCGUGAUUUCUGUUAUAUUUUGUGAAUUAGAGAUCUACCAAUUUUAUCAAUUAUAUGAAAAAAAAAAUUAUUCAUUAUGUGAUUAUUUUUCUACGAGUUUUAAAUUCAAAUUUUGACAAAACUCAUAAAUAUUACGGCCUUUCAAAAUCUGUAUCACCGAACUUCGAUUUGAAUCGUUUUUCGUUAGCAAUGGUUUAUCAUUGCUUAAAGAUAUAAAUUAAAUACCUAUUCGCAUGUAUCCUACCUAACGAAAAUUUGUGACAAAUAGACAUAAUCCUAUCCCGUAUACACGGAUACGUACAGGGAUACACGGGUUCAUACGAAAAAAUACAGUUAUAAUUAAAAAAUUGUACGUAAAAUCAGUAAAAAUAACGAUAAUUUGGUUUUCGUGGUGUUUUAAUUUUUCGGGAUCCAUAGUACUUACGUAGGUAUCAGAAUUUGCAGCGACGUACCUAAAAUAAUCCAUACUAAUCAUGUAAAUAUCACGGCCUACGAUUUAAAAUUUAGUAUAUCUUAAACCGUGUCACGAUUCACGGUCUAAGAUUUAUUAUAUCCAUGGUAAAUAUCGAAGAGCUUAUCAAAAAAUGAACUGACCUAUAACCAAAUAAAUCGUGAAUGAUACACUUUGCUAUAUGCCCAGAUAACUUAUAUCUAUCUUAUAAUUAUCUUAUAGUUAUGGUUACCAGACGUACUGUUUUUCGAUGAAUUGUCCUAUGUCCUUAACAAUAGUGUUACGUACAUGAAAUUGUACGCUUUUUUUGAAAAUUAUAAAUAAUAAAUAAUUAAAUAUAAAUAUGUAAGAAACAUAUAUAAAUAUAGUUUUAUAAUUUUCUUAGCUAAAUGCUUACCUUUAAAAAUGAAUCUGCAUAUGUAUACUUAAGUUAUACCUUCUUAAGUUGACUCAAAAUUCAAAGUAUCUUCAUCGUAUAGACACAAACCGAAUGAGUUGACACUAUGGUUUUAUUAGUUUUUACAUUUGAUAAUAGACAAAAUAUUAACAAAGUAAUCAGAUGAUAAAAUUAAAAAUGUACAUAGACGGAGAUGAGCUAUGGGUAAAAUGCGUAGAACAGUACCUAUACACAAUACACAAUGGCCAAUUCUUUCAAGGGAGGGGUUUUCUUUAUAAUGGAUGACCUAAAUUUUGAAAUGUACUUUUUUUGGGAUUUUCAUAUCUGGUCACCAUGCUUAUAGUUCAAUGUAUAAUGUAUAUACAAUUACAGGGAUGCCUACAUUAUAGGUAUCUGUGAUAUGAAAUCAAAUACGCUUAGAUGAUAAUAUGAUAACAAGAUCAUAUAUGAACUAAAGGGAUAGGUACACAACCAAAUAUCACAAUAUUUGUUGUUAUUAAUUGUUUUUAUUAUUAUUAGUUCAUUCUUGUUUCUUGAAAUAUCAUUGUGUGAUAUGCAUAAUAUACAUAUCAUAUACAUUGUUUAUACCUUAUGUGCAUGGACACUAUGUUUAAGAAUAUUAAGUUCUUUGUUGGUGGGUGGUGAUCUUAGAAUAAUAUUACUCUAAGGUGGCGAUAUAUGUGCAAGCCUGGGCAUUAACGAGUUAAUUAGUUACAAGUUAAGUUAUGUUAACUUAUUAACUUAACUUAAUUCCUUUAGAUAAAAUUAACUUAACUCAUUUUCUCCAAGGUUAACUUGAAUGAACGUAUUUUUUUUUCACUUUUAUCAAUUAAGUUAAUUUUGAAUUUCAAAACCAGAAAAACAUUUUUGUUCAAUCCAAAGUUCGAUUACAAGUUCAUAGAAUCUAGAAAAUUAUCAAAAAUAAAAUAAAAGAUUCCGAAGAAUAAUAUAUUUUUAUUAAAAGAUAAGAACAUUUUGAGCACAAUAAUAGGGGUACCAGGAAACAAUAUUCGGAUCGUAUAAAUGACUAUAAGUCUAUAAUAGCCAAUAGGCAGUAAGUAUUUUAAUAUCAAUGAAUCCAUGAAUUAUGUUUUACACUACUGUGUUAGCUGUUAGUGUUGAUAGUUGUUUUUGCAGUAUUGUGUAUUAUUUUACUUUUCGCACUUCUUUUACUGCCUACCAUUUCAAGUCCUCGUGAAGUCUCAUUCCUACAAGAAUACAUCAAUGUAACUUUUACAUACAUAUUUGAUAUUUGUUACCUAAUAUAUGAAUAAUUGUUUUAUUUUUAGAUCAUGAAACCUUUAUCUAGAGCUUUAGAUAUAUUACAGGGUGAUAAAAAUGUAUCAUUAGGAUAUUUGCUUCCCACGAUUAAUGCUCUUCAACGAGGAUUAAAUAAAAGGUAAUAUUUCUGUUUAAAAUAGUACUUAACUAAGUAACUAAAUGCUUGAAAUGCUUAAGAAAAUGAUAAAAACAUAAUUUUGUGUUAAUUAAAUUAGUUAUUCGUAUUACAUAAUAAUUAAUAUACCAACACUAGAACCAGAAUUUUAAUUUAAUUUUUUAAUAACUAUAUUUUAAUAAAUGUAAAUACCAUGCAUUUUGUUUUAAAACUUAAUAAUUUAUGGUUCUUAUUAUCAAUAUUUUUGUCGAAAUAGUGGAAAAGUUAAAUGCUUUAUUCUAAUAUUGCCUCAAAAAGAUAAAUUAAAUCAAUUGUUAAAUAGUCAUUAUUUUAAUUUGUUUUAUACGUAAUUCGAUUAAAAUAUAUUUAAAAUAAGUAAAUAUAUAAAUAAUUGUAUUGAAAUAACUUCAUAAAAUCAUUUAUAUUUUAAUUUUUAGAUUCAUGAUAUACAUGCAGUCCAAGAUGUGCCAAAUUGCAGCCUGUUUAGUUCCAAAAUUUAAAUUAAAUUGGGUUACACAAGAAGAACGGAACGGCAUUAAGAAUACUUUUAUAGAAGCUGUAGUUGAUUAUUCAACNGGGAAAAUAGUUCUGAUACAAAUGUUGAUAUCAAACUUCUGGUCAAUAAUUAUUUGUCUAAUGGAAAUUUAA